AUGGACGAAAGCUCGUCUUCCUCGACCCUAACCCCAUCGGGAUCUUACCUCACUCCCUUCCUUCUCUCCAUGACUGGCAUCGUUGCCACCUCAUUCGCCAUCGUCGCCUACCACGUCCUCUGUGUCCACUGUUGCGCCCGGCGGCGGCAGCUCCCAGCAAAUAAUCCGCCUGGGGAACGACAGAACUCUGUAGCUAGAACCGGCGGUGUCGAGGAGAAGGUCCUCAGGGCCAUCCCAGUCCUCUCCUACUCCUCCAAGGGGAACCGGCUCUUCCGCGUUGACCAGAGUGAGUGUGCUGUGUGCUUAGGCGAACUGGCGGACUGUGAGGCGGUGCGCUUGUUGCCCGCCUGCCGGCAUGCGUUCCACGUCCCAUGUAUCGACCAGUGGUUCUCAGCGCAUAGCAACUGCCCCGUCUGUCGAUCUCCUGUGGCCGGCCCGCCAGCAGGGGCGGCAGAUGAUCUCUUGGCCAUGACUACAGCUUCCAGCAGUGGCAGAGGUGAUGCCGGGGGUUCCGAUGGGCCAUCGCCAUCGAGCAGCUUGCUCCAACGAUGUGUGUCGCUCAACGUAUUAGUGAGCACACCUUCGGACUCGGCCCUAUCUCGUGACAUCAUCAUAAACGUGGAAGAGGACAGAGAGGAUGCUUGUAGUUCAUCGUCUAACGAUGAUCCGACGUCGUCGUUACUGGAGAAAGGCGUGGUGUUGAGUAACAGCAGGUCAUUGGGAGAGAGGUCAGCAAGGCAGUUGGAUAGCUUGUCGUCGAAGUUGCUCGGGUCGUUCGUGCAGCUGAGUAGCAGCUGCGGGGGUGAUGCAAAUCUUCCUUGCUGA